AUGGCUCUCAAUCCUCUUAAACUACCUGACUUCUGGAGUGACGAUCCAGACCUGUGGUUUCUACACAUCGAAACCCAGUUCCAAAACAGAAACAUCCAUACGGACAUAGCCAAGUACAACGCAGUUGUUGCCGCACUCAAACCGGAAUACAUGAAAGAGGUGACCGACGUUAUUAAAGCACUUCCAGCAGCAGAUAAGUACAGUUUUCUGAAAACCCAGCUUAUCGAACGUUUUACUGAAUCAGUUGAUCGCCGCUUGCAUAAAUUGCUGACAGAAUUAGAGCUUGGGAAUCAAAAGCCCAGUCAACUAUUAAAGCACAUGAGAGAUUUAGCUGGAGAGAGAGCAUCCGAGGAACUCCUCCGCAGCAGAUGGCUAGUAUUACUACCCGACAUUGUCAGCAGAAUUCUGAAAGCUGUCUAG